AUGCUCCCCGAAAUCGCAGCGCUCUUCGACGACGAUCCUCCGUCCGGCCCCACCAGCCCUUCGCCACGCGCUGAGCCGGCCGCGGAGCCGGCAAAGCGCUCCGCCGCAGAGGCGCCCACGCCGUCGACCGCGAGGCGCAAGCUGAUGCACCUCUUCAACGUCGCCAACGCGCUCGUCAAGCCGCGCCUCGAGGCCUUCUUCUUUGCCGUCGCGCGCGAGCUGCCCGAGCUCAGCCAGUUCUAUGCCACCAACAAGAGGCGCGAGUGCGUGUACCGGAGGGCGGCCAAGGCUGUCGGGAUUCGCGGGCGCGACCGCGCCGCGGCGCGAGGGCAGCGCGUCCUCUGCCACGUGAGCCGGCAGCGGCACGGCGCCAACGCGCUGUCUGGCCCGGACUCGCACGCCGACAUCAAAAACCCGCUCUGGUUCGAGCCGGCGCCGCGCAACAUCAAGCGGCGCGGCGCGGCGAUGGCGCCCGGCACGCAGAUCGAUGGCGCGCUGGCGGCGCUGCAGGACACGGUGGCGGAGGUGCAGCGCGUCCCGCCUCGUGCCAGCGACGAGGAGAUGGCCACGUCGGCGGUGCGGGAGGCCGCCAACCUGGACGUGACCACGCGCACCGUCGAGGACAUCGAGGAGGAGGUGCGGACGGCGGCGGGGUGGGUGGCGGCGCUGCGGGCGUUCGCGGCGGUGGCAGGCGAGGGCGCUUGCCUCGCCACCGAACCGGUCUCGCCCUUUGUCCGCCACGUCAUCCACUACUACGUGAGCGUGGUUGGCGCCAGAGCGGGGCUCGCUCUGCAGGACGAAAAGAGCGCUGACGCAGAGGCGCGGCGGCAGGUCAAGCCGAUGCGGAAGGACGCCUGCAAGGCGCUCGGAGGACGGUGGGACAGGAAGCGGAAGGCGUGGUACGCGCCGGCGGGCGUCGACCUCUCGCCAUUCGUGCAGCAGUGGUGCCAGCGACACGAUCUCAACGCGCAGCGAGUGCCGUGA